AUGGCCGACUACAAAGAUCCCAUCUUCUUGAGCAGCAACUCUGAUAAAGAGAAGGCGGAUGCGACGGGUACCAAGAUCGAUGAGUCCGAUCUGCAAUCUCUCCUAGAUCAAUUGCGGCAGAUCGUGGCUGAAAAUGAACUUGACGUCAACUUCCCUGUUCAGAUCAUCGCUCAGGCGCGCGAGAUCCUCGAUGCUGAUACCAAGCAUAUUGAUCUCUCUCAGCUGCAGGAGGUUAUUUCAGAUAUUGAAAAGCAUCGUGACCUCAUUGAGAAUGACUCUCCCUAUCCGGAGGUCCGCGCUGUGGUCGACCCAACUGAUGACCCUGAAAUCUCGGCCAAUACUUUCCGAGCCUGGUUCCUGGGCAUGAUAGCUACCAUCGUCUUCACGGGGGUCAACCAGUUCUUUACCCUGCGCUAUCCCACUAUUGUCAUUUAUUCCAUUGUCGCUCAAUUGCUUCUGAAUCCCGGCCCCUUCAACCAGAAGGAACACAUGCUCAUCACUGUUAUGUCCAAUGUCUCCUUCGGCGGUACCAAUGGCACAGCCUACGUGACGUACAUCUUUCAGGUGCUGAAAGCCAAAUCCUUCUAUAACCUGACAUCGCUGUACGAUCAAGCCGGUUUCCAAAUCCUCGUUACGCUAUCCACACAACUACUGGGCUACGGCUGUGCCGGCGUGGUACGCCGCUUCCUAGUGUACCCACCGUCCAUGAUCUACCCCAAGUGCCUUUCAACCAUCGCUUUGAACAAAGCCCUACACAGCGAUGAAGGCCGCGAGCGGGUCCACGGCUGGAAGAUCAGCCGAUACCGCUUUUUCAUGUACUGCUUCAUAGGCAUGUUCUUCUACUACUGGUUCCCAGGGUAUAUCUUUCAAGCCUUGUCGUACUUCAACUGGAUCAACUGGAUCGCCCCGGAUAACGUCAAGCUAGCCAUCAUUUGUGGUACUAUCACCGGGCUUGGCCUCAACCCCUUACCCACCUUCGAUUGGAACAUCAUCUACGCACUCUACGACCCGAUCAUCUAUCCCUUCUACGCAUUGGCCAACAUUGGUAUCGGCACUAUCCUGGGAGCCUUCUGCGUCAUUGCCCCCGUUUACUUCAGCAACGUGUGGAAAACCGCUUACUUCCCCAUUAUCAGCAACGAUGUUUUCGACGACACGGGCAACACGUACAAUGUCACCCGCGUGCUGAACAGUAAGGGCGAAUUUGACCUAGAAGGCUAUGAAGGUUACAGUCAACCCUACCUGACGGCCGGGUACUCCGUCAUGUUCUUUUUCUUCUUCGCCAUGUACUUGGCAACUAUCGUGCACGUCGCACUCUACAACCGGCGAGAGAUCAUGAAGGGAUUCCGCACCAUAUGGAAAUGGGGCAGUGCGCGAGAGGAGCACGAGGACGUCCACAAUCGCUUGAUGAAGCAAUACAAGGAGGUCCCGGAGUGGUGGUACCUGGUUGUGCUGGCUGUCUCGUUCGUGUUCGGCUGCAUCGGCGUCGCCAAGUACGACACCGGCAUGCCCAUCUGGGGUAUCGUCUUCGCCAUCAUCCUCUGCCUCGUGCUGCAGAUUCCAUACGGCAUGGUCUACGCCAUAACCAACUCUGAGGUAACUAACAACGUUAUUGCCGAGUUCAUUGGAGGAUACGCCAUCACCGGCAAACCUGUCGCCAACCUCCUCUUCAAGGCAUUCGGAUAUAUCGCCUGUGCCCAGUCAGUCCAAUUCGUGGCUGAUCUGAAGCUGGGCCACUAUAUGAAGAUUGCCCCGCGAGUGAUGUUCGCAGCCCAGCUGGUAGCCACUAUCGUCGGCGCAUUUGUCUCCCUUGGAGUAAAUGUCUGGGCCCUGGCCAACAUCGAGGACGUGUGUUCCACCACCCAGCCGGACAAGUUCACCUGCGCCGGCGCCCGAGACUUCUAUACCUCCUCUGUAAUCUGGGGCGCCAUCGGCCCGCGGCGCCUCUUCGGCACAGGACAGAUCUACAACCCGCUGCUAUACGGCUUCCUCGUUGGCGCCCUCCUUCCCAUCCCCUUUUACUUUAUCACCAAAUGGCGCCCGCGCUCCUUUCUCCGAUAUGUUUAUAUCCCGCUGGUGUUCUACGGAAUCUGCGAUAUUUCGCCGUACAAUGUCACGUACGCGUGGUGUCCGAUGGUGGUGGGCUUCAUCUUUAACUAUUGGAUCAAGAGACGGUGGCAGGCGUGGUGGGAGAAGUACGCGUAUGUUUUCACGACUGCUAUGUCUUGUGGAGUGGCUAUCUCUGCCAUUAUUAUCUUCUUUGCUGUCGAGUAUAAGGAGGUCGAUUUGAAUUGGUGGGGGAAUGAGGUUUCGUAUGCGGGAUGUGAUAAUGAUGGGUGUACGUUGUUGGCGAUUCCGGAGGGAGGGAAGAUCUGA